AUGGAGAACAAUAAUCUCGGCCUUCGCUUCCGCAAGAUUCCUCGGCAGCCUGUUGCUCUCCCUAAGCUCGAUCCUUUGCUUGAUGAAAAUCUGGAACAGUGGCCGCAUUUGAACCAAUUGGUUCAGUGUUACGGAACGGAAUGGGUCAAGGAUGUUAAUAAAUACGGGCACUAUGAGAAUACUCGGCCUGAUACUUUCCAGAGCCAGAUUUUUGAAGGACCUGAUACAGAUACUGAGACUGAAAUCCGUCUUGCUAGUGCUAGGAGUGCGACAUUGGAAGACGAUGUAGCCAGCAUUUCCGGGAGGCCGUUUUCUGAUUCUGGAUCCCCCAAGCACUUUGGCCAACCUCCACUUCCUGCUUAUGAACCAGCUUUUGAUUGGGAAAAUGAAAGAUCUAUGAUUGUUGGCCAGAGAACUCCAGAAACUCCUGCAUCAAGCUAUUCCAGUGGAUUGAAGAUCUCUGUCAGAGUUUUGUCUCUAGCUUUUCAGUGUGGCUUAGUUGAACCGUUUUUUGGCUCGAUUUCAUUGUACAAUCAAGAGAGGAAGGAGAAACUAUCCGAGGAUUUUUAUUUCCAUAUUUUGCCAACGGAAAUGCAGGAUGCUAAACUUUCAUCUGAAAAUCGUGGAGUAUUUUAUUUAGAUGCCCCAUCAUCAUCAGUUUGCUUGCUGAUUCAAUUAGAAAAAACAGCAACAGAGGAGGGAGGCGUUACAACAUCUGUCUAUUCCCGUAAAGAACCUGUGCACUUAACUGAAAGGGAAAAGCAAAAGUUGCAGGUCUGGUCCCGCAUUAUGCCUUACCGAGAGUCUUUUGCGUGGGCAGUUGUUCCGCUUUUUGAUAAUAAUAAUAUCACCACGAACAAUGGUGAAUCUGCUUCCCCUAGCAGUCCUCUUGCUCCCAGUAUGACUGCUUCAAGUUCCCAUGAUGGUGUUUAUGAACCCAUCGCAAAGAUCACAUCAGAUGGAAAGCAAGGUUAUUCAGGUGGAAGUUCGGUCGUCGUUGAAAUAUCUAAUUUAAACAAAGUUAAGGAGAACUACUCUGAGGAGUCAAUUCAGGACCCUAAACGGAAGGUUCAUAAACCUGUUAAAGGGAUUCUGAGAUUGGAAAUUGAGAAACAUCGGAAUGGACCUGGAGACUUUGAAGAUCUAUCUGAGAAUGGAAGUAUCGUAAAUGACUCUCUUGAUCCGACUGACCGCCUCAGCGACCUGACACUUAUGAAGUGUCCCAGUUCUGGUAGCGGUUCCAAAUGGAAUACAGAUGAUGCAAAGGAUAGAAACCUAACAAGCUCAAGUGGGAAUCUCGACAAAUGUUCUUAUGCAUUUGAUUUCUGCUCUACGACAAGAAACGAGCCUUUUCUACAUCUCUUCCAUUGCCUUUAUGUGUAUCCUGUAGCUGUUACUUUGAGUCGGAAAAGGAAUCCCUUUAUCCGAGUAGAAUUGAGAAAGGAUGAUGCAGAUGUCCGAAAACAACCACUUGAGGCAAUCUAUCCAAGAGAGCCUGGUGUGUCACUCCAGAAGUGGGCUCAUACACAAGUUGCUGUUGGAGCCAGAACUGCUAGUUACCAUGAUGAGAUCAAGGUGUCUCUUCCUGCCUCAUGGACGCCAUCACAUCAUCUGCUAUUCACUUUUUUUCAUGUUGAUCUCCAGACAAAGCUUGAAGCCCCGAGACCAGUAAUUGUUGGAUAUGCAUCACUUCCAUUAUCGACCUAUAUCCACUCACGGUCUGAUAUUUCUCUACCAGUAAUGAGAGAACUGGUUCCCCACUAUCUUCAAGAAACCACCAAGGACAGGUUGGAUUAUUUGGAAGAUGGCAAGAACAUUUUUAAGUUGCGACUGAGACUUUGUUCAUCGCUUUAUCCCACCAAUGAGCGUGUCAGGGAUUUUUGUCUAGAGUACGAUAGACAUACCCUCCAAACAACCCCUCCCUGGGGCUCAGAACUGUUGCAGGCAAUAAACAGUUUGAAGCACGUUGACUCCACUGCCCUGCUUCAGUUUCUUUACCCAAUUCUUAACAUGCUCCUUCAUCUUAUUGGCAAUGGUGGAGAAACUCUUCAGGUCGCAGCAUUUAGAGCCAUGGUGGAUAUUUUAACUCGAGUGCAGCAGGUGUCGUUUGAUGAUGCUGACAGAAAUCGUUUCCUGGUCACCUAUGUUGAUUAUUCUUUUGAUGAUUUUGGAGGCAAUCAACCACCGGUUUAUCCGGGAUUAUCAACUGUGUGGGGAAGUUUAGCUAGAAGCAAGGCUAAAGGUUACCGGGUUGGGCCUGUAUAUGACGAUGUUUUAUCAAUGGCGUGGUUUUUCCUCGAGUUAAUUGUUAAAUCAAUGGCAUUGGAGCAGGCACGUCUUUUUGAUCAUAAUCUACCUUCAGGAGAGGAUGUUCCACCCAUGCAGCUCAAAGAAAGUGUUUUUCGAUGUAUCAUGCAAUUGUUUGAUUGUCUCUUAACUGAAGUACAUGAACGUUGUAAAAAGGGUUUAAGCUUGGCGAAACGUCUGAACAGCAGUUUGGCCUUCUUCUGUUAUGAUCUUUUAUAUAUCAUUGAGCCCUGCCAGGUCUAUGAACUGGUGUCGUUGUACAUGGACAAAUUUUCUGGUGUUUGUCAAUCUGUACUGCACGAGUGCAAGCUCACGUUUUUGCAAAUUAUCUCCGAUCAUGAUCUUUUUGUUGAAAUGCCUGGCAGAGACCCAUCAGACAGGAACUAUUUAUCAUCCAUCUUAAUACAGGAGCUAUUUCUCUCCCUGGAUCAUGAUGAGCUGCCUCUGCGGGCAAAGGGUGCAAGAAUUUUAGUGAUCCUAUUAUGCAAACAUGAAUUUGAUGCUCGGUACCAGAAAGCUGAAGAUAAGCUGUAUAUUGCACAACUAUAUUUUCCUUUUGUCGGGCAGAUUUUAGAUGAAAUGCCUGUUUUCUAUAACCUAAAUGCUACUGAAAAGCGUGAGGUUUUAAUUGGUGUGUUGCAAAUUGUUCGUAACCUGGAUGACACAUCACUUGUCAAGGCAUGGCAGCAGAGCAUUGCUCGUACAAGAUUGUAUUUCAAACUCAUGGAAGAAUGCCUCAUACUUUUUGAGCACAAGAAGGCUGCUGACAGCAUGCUUGGGGGCAAUAACUCUCGUGGUCCUGUUAGUGAAGGAGUUGGGUCACCAAAGUACUCCGAGCGACUUUCUCCUGCUAUCAACAAUUAUCUGUCAGAGGCUUCCCGCCAAGAAGUCAGGCUAGAGGGAACACCUGAUAAUGGAUACCUGUGGCAGAGAGUUAAUUCUCAGUUAGCCUCACCUAGCCAACCUUAUUCGUUAAGAGAAGCUCUAGCUCAAGCACAAUCUUCUCGGAUUGGAGCUUCAGCCCAGGCUCUAAGAGAAUCGCUGCACCCUAUUUUGAGGCAAAAACUGGAACUUUGGGAAGAGAAUGUAAGUGCCACUGUUAGCCUCCAGGUUUUGGAGAUCACUGAGAAAUUUUCAUCAAUGGCAGCCUCUCACAACAUUGCUACGGACUAUGGAAAAUUGGACUGCAUUACUACAAUAUUAACGAGUUUCUUCUCCCGAAACCAGUCAUUAGCCUUCUGGAAAGCCUUCUUUCCAAUUUUCAACAAAAUCUUUGAUCUUCAUGGGGCUACACUGAUGGCCAGGGAAAAUGAUCGCUUCUUAAAACAGAUAGCCUUCCAUCUUCUCCGGCUUGCUGUUUACCGCAAUGACAGUGUCAGGAAAAGGGCUGUUAUUGGUCUUCAAAUAUUAGUCAAGAGCUCGCUAUAUUUUAUGCAGACUGCUAGGCUGAGGGCUUUGCUGACCAUUACGCUGUCAGAACUCAUGUCGGAUGUCCAAGUGACUCAUAUGAAAUCAGAUAAUACAUUGGAAGAGAGUGGAGAGGCAAGGCGGCUUCAACUGUCAUUAAGCGAAAUGGCUGAUGAAGCUAAGAGUGUCAGUUUGUUGAGGGAGUGUGGUCUUUCUGAUGAUACUCUCCUGAUAGUUCCCGAAAAAUUUACAGAAAACCGCUGGUCGUGGGAUGAAGUGAAACAUCUUUCUGACAGCCUCGUUCUUGCUCUUGAUGCAAGCCUCGGGCAUGCCCUUUUGGGAUCUGUGAUGGCUAUGGAUCGAUACGCUGCAGCAGAGAGCUUCUACAAACUUGGAAUGGCAUUUGCUCCUGUUCCAGAUCUUCACAUCAUGUGGUUGCUGCAUCUAUGUGACGCCCACCAGGAAAUGCAGUCCUGGGCUGAAGCUGCACAGUGUGCUGUGGCUGUUGCAGGUGUGAUAAUGCAGGCCUUGGUGGCUAGAAAUGAUGGUGUGUGGAGCAAGGAUCAUGUGUCUGCCUUGCGUAAAAUCUGCCCCAUGGUAAGUGGCGAGUUUACAACAGAGGCAUCUGCAGCUGAAGUCGAGGGUUAUGGUGCUUCGAAGCUAACAGUUGACUCAGCCGUCAAGUAUCUACAGCUUGCUAACAAGCUUUUCUCUCAAGCUGAGCUCUACCAUUUCUGUGCAAGCAUUUUGGAACUUGUUAUUCCAGUUUAUAAGAGCAGGAAGGCCUAUGGGCAGUUGGCCAAGUGUCACACGCUGCUUACUAAUAUAUACGAGUCCAUUCUUGACCAAGAAUCAAACCCGAUCCCAUUUAUCGAUGCUACGUAUUACCGGGUGGGAUUCUACGGGGAGAAGUUUGGGAAGUUGGACAGGAAAGAAUAUGUGUACCGUGAGCCACGAGAUGUGCGGCUAGGGGAUAUAAUGGAGAAGCUGAGCCAUAUAUACGAAUCAAGGAUGGACAGCAACCAUAUACUGCACAUUAUUCCAGAUUCGAGACAAGUGAAGGCAGACGAAUUGCAGGCAGGAGCGUGCUACCUGCAAAUUACGGCUGUUGAUGCAGUCAUGGAAGAUGAGGAUCUCGGAAGCAGAAGAGAAAGAAUAUUCUCUCUUUCCACUGGAAGUGUUCGAGCACGAGUCUUUGACCGGUUCUUGUUUGAUACACCGUUUACUAAAAACGGUAAGACGCAAGGUGGAUUAGAAGAUCAAUGGAAGAGACGAACAGUGCUGCAGACGGAAGGAUCAUUCCCUGCCCUUGUGAAUAGGCUGUUGGUUACCAAAUCUGAAUCCCUUGAGUUCUCGCCAGUGGAGAAUGCAAUCGGAAUGAUCGAAACAAGAACAACCGCUCUGAGAAACGAGCUAGAGGAGCCUCGUAGCUCGGACGGGGAUCACCUACCACGGCUUCAGAGUCUGCAGAGGAUUCUUCAAGGAAGUGUUGCAGUGCAGGUCAACAGUGGGGUGUUGAGCGUGUGCACAGCUUUCUUAUCAGGCGAGCCUGCGACGAGGUUGCGGUCACAGGAACUGCAGCAACUUAUCGCGGCGCUUCUUGAGUUCAUGGCCGUUUGCAAGCGAGCCAUAAGGGUUCACUUCAGGUUAAUCGGAGAAGAAGACCAGGAGUUUCAUACUCAGCUCGUUAAUGGUUUUCAGUCUCUCACCGCAGAACUCUCCCAUUACAUCCCUGCUAUCUUGUCCGAACUUUAG